AUGGCCGGCUGUGUCCCCCUGCUCUGGAGCCUCAUCUUCAUCCUUGUCCUCCACCAGGCGGAGGUGUCAGUGUUUCUUUCAGCCUCUAGAGCAAACUCGGCUCUGGGGAGAUGGAAGCGCGCUGGCUCCUACCUCCUGGAAGAGAUCUUUCAGGGGAACUUGGAGAGGGAAUGCUAUGAAGAAAUCUGCAUUUAUGAAGAAGCAAGAGAAGUGUUUGAAAAUGGUGCGCUCACAGAUGGAUUCUGGAGACAGUAUGGAGGUGGCUCUCCAUGCAUCUCCCAGCCCUGCCUCAACAAUGGGACAUGCCAGGACCACAUUCGCACCUACACCUGCACCUGCUCCCCUGGCUACGAGGGCAGGAACUGCGCGAUGGCUACAAAUGAAUGUCACCCAGAGAGGACAGAUGGGUGCCAGCACUUCUGCCACCCAGGGCAGGCCUCCUAUAUGUGCAGCUGUGCGAAGGGUUACAAGCUGGGUCCAGACCACAAGUCGUGCAUUCCAAACGAGAGGUGUGCAUGUGGUGCCCUGACAUCUGGAGACAUCACAACCCCAGAGGGAAGCCCGUGGAAUCCCCCCAGCUUCCUGUGGCAGGUCAAGUUAACAAAUUCCAAAGGGAAAGACUUCUGUGGUGGUGUUCUAAUACAGGAAGAUUUUGUAUUGACAACAGCAAGAUGUUCACUAAGACACAGAAAUAUUAGUGUGAAAGUAGGGUCUGACAGGAGCGAGGACGCAGUGAGCAUCAGGAUCAAGAGCACUCAUGUGCACAUGCGGUACGAGGAGGAGUCAGGGCAGAAUGACAUCUCGCUGCUGGAGCUGGAGAGGCCAGUGCAGUGUCCCAGCGUGGGGCUCCCCAUCUGCAUCCCCGAGAGGGACUUCGCUGAGCGUGUCCUCAUUCCAGGGACAAAGGGCCUCCUCAGUGGCUGGACGCUCAAUGACACAGACCUGGGUGCCAUGCCAACAAGGCUGCCAGUCACAACUGUGGAUGGGGAGGAAUGUGGACAGGCCCUGAAUGUGACCGUCACGACAAGGAUGUGCUGUGAGAGGGGCAGGACAGGGGCAGGGCAGUGGGUCGAAGGAAGUGUGGUCACCAGAGAACACAAGGGCACCUGGUUCCUCACAGGGAUUCUGGGGUUACCAUCAAGAGAAGAACAAGGAAAUAUGUUCCUUCUCACCACAGUCCCAAGAUACUCACUCUGGUUUAAACAGAUAAUGAAGUAA